CGUGCCUAUAAUAAUAUAAUUUCAAAAUUUCUCCCUCAAGAAAACCUCUGACCAUAAUACUAUUUUUCAGAGACAUCUUACUCUUUUUCAGAGACACAACGGAUUAGCAAACGCAGUUAAGCCUGUCUUUCUGACCAGAAAGCAACAAUACCUUUAUCUCCAUGGAUGAAUCUGCUAAGAUCAUCAUGGCGGGCUUCCUCAGCUUCGCCUUCUCCGCCAUAAUCUUAAUCACCGCAGAAAUUAUGAUCUGCAAAAGUAAACGAGCCAACAGCUCCCACACGCAGGCGACCCAGGUACCAAACCCGAUAACUCUCCCAAAUCCAAACCCGAUAACUCUCCCAAAUCCGACCACCAUAACCGUGGAGGCAAAUGUGCAAAUUGCCCCUCUCGAGGUGACCGUGUCCUUCGAUCCGUCGCUCCAGAUAUCUUUGAACGACAUAACCACCGCAACAAAGAACUUCUCCGCCGACUUGAUCACCGCCGAUGGCAGAUUCGGAUUCGUCUACAAGGCCGAGCUCCCCAACGGCCUCAAGCUCGCCGUCAAGAAGCUCGAUCCGGAGGGCUUCCAUUGCUUCAUGGAAUUUCGAUCGGAGCUCGAAAUCCUCGGCAAGCUCCGGCACCGGAACAUCGUGCGGCUCCUUGGGUACUGCGUUACCGGCGGCGAGAGGGUUCUAAUCUACGAGUUCUUCGAGAUGGGCAAUUUAGACAUUUGCCUCCACGGAUUGUCGAAGGAUAGUUCAGCUUCGCGCUUAACGUUAUUCUGGGAAGCCAGGCACAAGAUAAUUAGGGGUGUGGCAAACGGGCUGGCUUAUAUGCAUGACUUGGAAAAGCCCAUCAUUCAUAGGGAUAUAAAGGCCGAGAACAUAUUUCUGGACUCGGAGUUUGAGGCCCAUAUUGCCGAUUUUGGGCUCGCACGGAUGGUGGAAUUCCAAAACACUCACGUGUCGACCCAAGAAGCCGGCACAGUGGGCUAUAUUGCGCCCGAGUACGAAGAAGGGUGUGCAGUGGCGAGGGUGAAGGGCGACGUGUAUGCUUUUGGCAUCUUAAUGUUGGAAGUCGCGACAGGAAAGCAGCCCCGUUUGUCGGUCUCCAUGGACGGGAAAAGGAUGAGCUUCAUGAAAUGGGCCAGACAUAUGGUUGCCCAAAAUCGAGAAAGGGAAAUGUUGGUCCCAAAUUUGGGGAGAGGAUUGGACGUGUCUAAGAUACAAGAGUACUUUAAAAUUGCUUUAAUGUGUACUAAUCCCAUCCCGGCAGAAAGGCCAACAAUGCGAAAUGCAGUUGAGUUGUUGGCUCAAAAUUCUACAUAGUUUUUUUUUAGAGAAUUAAUGAAUAGAAUUACAACA